AUGCAAGCAUUUUCCUCACCUGCUGCAAGCGACGAUGACCAGAAAAGGGACUUGGAGUAUUUGCUUGAAGUUUUUAGCUCUAUGUGCUCUCUCAAGGACAUAGCCUCUGCUUACUGCCAGGCGAGGCAAAAUGUAGAAAUGGCUGCUGAAAUUCUAUGUGCAUCACAUGUAAGUCCCUCAGACGGUGCUAGUUCAUCAAAAGUUAAAUUUGAGGGUGCAAGUGCAACUUCUUCAGAAGGAAUGUCAUCUGACAAAGUUCUUCAGAAUCCCUUAAAUGGAGCGGGCAAUACCAGAGCAUCAAACUCAAAAAAAAAUUCUGUAUCAGUGGGUACUGUUUCAGUUGAAUCAACCAUACCAGCAGAAAACAGCAAAAUGCAUGCUGAUAUUGAAGAGUUUCUGUUUAAAAUGCUUGGAGAGGGCUUUAAACUUUAUAUGGAUGUCAUCCGAGAAGUUCUUGGCCAUUGUGGAUAUGAUGUGCAGAAGAGCAUGGAGAAUCUCCUUUUCAUGUCAGCAUCAACCUUGGAGAAGUCUGAUGAUAUUAUUGGCUUAUCUAGUUUAAAGUCUACAGAGAAGAGUCCAGAUCAACAUUCUGCCCAUAGUAAAUCACCAAUAGAAGAAAAGGAUGGGUUAGUUCUUCAAAAAGAGGUUUUAGAAGCAUUGUUUCAUGUUCCCGAAAGAGAGGAAGCACCUAAAAGAAGUCACCCGGUGAGGGAAGUGAAGAGAUAUAAGGCAUUUAGAAAAUUUGCGGUUGAACCUUUUAGAGACACUCUUGUAGAAUGUAAAACUGCUACUCUGGCACCAGAAGAAGUAACCAGUGCAGAAGAUGGAGAUGGUGACAAUAGCUAUCAGGUCCUACGUAGAUCUGUAAAAGAACAUUGGAUUACAAUGAAGGAAUACUAUAAAGCUGCUUUUGAUGCAUUUUGUGAGGGUGAUCGUGUACGUACAGACAAACUUCUAGAGGAGGGACACUUCUAUAGCAGAAAGGCACAGGAAGCAGACGAGAAAUACGCUCAAAAGCUUCUUGAAGCUCAGAGUAGUUGUGUACUAGAAGAUGUGGUGUCUCUUGACUUGCAUCACCAUGAACCCAAGGAAGCUGUACGUCUUCUAAGGCUUCAACUAACCUAUUUCUCUGGCAUCCCAGAUUUUAAGUACCUUAAGGUCAUAGUGGGAACGAAUGACACGACGGGAGCUGCCCGGACACGACUGAUUAUAAAGCAACUGGAGAAGGAAUCAAUCAAGUGGACAGAGGAGGAGAAUGCUCGAACAAUAUGGAUCCGACUGGAUGUAAUUGACCCAAAACGCUUGAGCUUCUCAAGGAAAAUGAGUGAAAGAAACAAGAGCUCACCUUAAGAAGAGGUGAACUUAAAAGAAGCCCAUGACAGAUGCUGCUUUUGUUGUUGUCCAUAUGGGCUUUGAGAUGAACUU